AUGGCCUUGCAUGAAGUGAACCAUGCAAGUACUGACAGCACAUCUAGUACGUCAGAGUCAGCGACAGGCGUCUUCCACCUUUUGACAGGCAUCUCUGCUCCAUUUCUGCCAGGACUGCUUCGAGUUCCAGUCAAGGAUCGGAUCUGGGUUACAACGACAGCCCAGGGGAACGUGUGCAUUAACGAGUGGAUCAUACAGAGAACAAUCGGUCGGGGUGCCUAUGCCAACGUGAGACUAUGCCAUAACCCGCUUACAGAGCAAAAAGCAGCCAUGCGCAUGAUCAACCGAACUUCUCUGAGGCGUAAGCUCUUAACCCAGGAAUCUGCGGACAAAUUCCUUUGGAAUUGCUCCCGGGUCAUGGAUUUCUUGACCACCGCACACCCAUCUAUUCUUAACCUCAUUGAGGUGAUGCAUCACCCUAUUUACGCUGAUGUUUGCUCUGUGGAGAACUCUAUGGAGUCCCUAAUUCCUGGUUCUACGUUUGCCGGUCAGUACGCCGUAACACCGGGAAGCUUGCCCCCGUGGGUUCAGACAAUCCUGUCUAUUGCACAGCAGGUCAACCUGAUAUGUGAGCUUCCCUGCAAGUAUCAAUCUAUUAUUGAUCAACUCUCAAACGCCAAGGGGAUGCUACAACCAGAGCUUGUCUCCGAUUUGCAGCCUCUUUUGCACAAUCCGAUGGCUCUUAAUGGUAUUGCUAAACCAUUGACCCAGGGAUCGGAGCUUGCCCAUAGACGUAUGCCAUCGGCUGGCAGUAAGCUCAAACAAUACUCGGCCCGUAGCUCCCAAUUGGACUCCAACCUGACUCCACGCUAUCAGAACACAGGUCGGUGCACCAUGAACUAUGAUGAUAACUUCGUUUUCAUAAUAGAGUACUGUGACGGGGGGACCCUCCAGGAGGUUGUACGCACAGCAGAUCUAAAGAAGAUCAUGAUACUCUUCUAUCAGGUUGUCGAUGCUCUCUGCUACAUGCACUUCUGCAACGUUGUACACCAAGAUAUCAAAUUAGAGAACAUCAUCAUCACCACCGAUCUUCAAAGCAAUUUCAAGACACCGAUACCUCCUGCAAGUAAGCUACUUCCACGGAAGGUCCCCAGAACGACCGACCUGUUCUUUACUAGCACCUCAGGCACAAUAGGUGACUUUGCAGUUGGGACCGUACAAUCUCAGUCCAGCACUCCCUUGGCAAGUACUGCUCUGAGUAGUGAUCCAUCUCAUAGCAACCCAAUUGAGAAUACGCUGAGGAGGGACCCUAAAGAUAGGUACAAUAUACCCCCACUUUCUUUGAAGCUUCCUUUACAAAAUGCACUACCAACCGCCGCCAAUCCGCCCACUGUUAUGCCCAGAGGGCCUACACGUAUAUCCUCUCGCCUCAAUGACAACGUUCUUUCUCCUUUGCUGCUUCCAAGCGGAUCUCGGUACAGACUUCAAUCACUAAAAGAGUCAUCAGAUAUAACGUACUAUCUGUUAGGGGACUCGGAUACUGCACCCUACCGUGCAAAGAUCAGUGACUUUGAUACUGCAAUCAUCCUCGAGGAAGAGGGGGUCAGACUACCAACAGCACAGACCGUCCUAGAGACACUAAAAAGCAUAUACAAUAGACACCUUUCUCUUCUUCGCAAGAGCUUUACAUGCUUUUUUAAUGACCUUGUGCGGCAACGUAUUUUACCACAAGAAGACGAAGGCAGCCUUUUGUUGGGUCAUGAUGUAGUAGCCUCUAUGGAUUCUGACUGUGUGCAUGCUUCAUCUAGGAGAGAGGCCGACUUAGUUUCGUCGGCCUUUAGCUUCAAUGCUGACAUCUUAGUCAAAGAGGGCACUGCCAUAUGCACUGAGGCAGCUAAGCUGGACGACUCACAGCAGUCUUUGAAGCCCUCACAAAUAGAUAUGGACACCCUUAAUGGAAGUAUAGGGAUAUGCAGGAUGUCUGGAAUCUACGAGACACAAUCAUUUGAUAUGUCGGAGCCUAUUUUUGACAAAAUAAGUAUUAAACCAAACAACUCUUCAUGCAAGGAUACUACUCUCAGCUUACGACAAGCAACAGUUACUGCUGCAAAGCCCAAUGCAAGCAUUGAUACGGCUCAUAUUGCACGUACUAGUGACAAAAGUUCUGUGACAAGAGCGCUUCACUCUUCUUGCCUUACUCUGGUUCUUUCCUUGGAUGACCAAAAGGACGCCUUUUUAGGCAACUUAGAGCCUUGUGUAGACAUUCCUUUGCUCGACGAUGAUUCGCAUGCGGCAACCUUCCAAAAAGCUUUUCACACUGACGCGCUGAGCUUGAAAUUGACUGACUUAACACCCGAUGGAACUGGACUUGCAGAGAAAACAUGCAAAGGUCAUACCCAUCUAGACGCAGAUUUCCCUGCUGACAACUCCUUGUUGGUGCCAGCCAUUGAUUGCUCAAUUAAGACUUCAAAUAGCUCACUGUCACAACGAGACGCUGCGCUUCUCUCCACUAUCAGCCGCAUUGAAGACUUCAUUCAGGAGACGAUAGAGACUAACAAGGUUGGGCAGGCACUACAAUCCUACCUCUCAUCUAUUAGACAGAUCAACACGUUUCCGGCUAUGCCAAGGAAUACCUACUUUAUUAGCAGUUCCACAGGGACUCCGACUAUUCUUUCUCCCGAGUCUCGCGCUGUUAUGCAGACGUGUAGUGACCACGACCCACACAGGGCUCAUUCCCUGUUUUCAGCUGUACAUGCAGACGCUUGGCAAACAGGAGUUAUGCUUUUUCAUUCACUCACAGGCUUGGUCAGACGAACCCCUCUGUACAGGUAUAGCCAAGAAGCCUUUGCUCUCUGUGGAACCUUUGGAUUGCUGAUUACCGACUUGCUGUGUGGUCUUCUAGACGAGAUUCCAAGUCACAGAUACACGCUGUUUGAAUGCAUGUAUCAUCCUGCUGUCAAUCCAAGACAAUUUAAGCUGCCAAUGAGCAUUCCGGCAAAGGGGACUUCGGACAUCAGUGUAACGACGAUGCACUCUGUUUUGUCUCACGCACACUCCGUAGCGACCAGUAAGUCUGGGAACAUCCGUGCGUUGUGGAGAGAAGCGAAGAGAGACUACCAUCAGCUCCGACGGUUUCACAUGCUGAUAAUUAUGCGCCGCAGACAAUACGUGCUGGCUAAUAAUAGCAAGUGUAUCACUGCAAGCACCAUUGACAACAGUAUGAUCUAUACGUGCACCGAUAUUCCUCUGCUGGCUAACACACUGGCCCUCUUCUCUUCUAAGCUAUUUAGAAAGUCCAAACAUGAUGUGCUCAAUCAUACAGGUUACCGCAUAGAUGACUUUACCAGUGGGGAGAAGAUUAAUACUCAUGCCCACAUCAUCGCUUCAGAAAAGCUUAAAACAAAAACAGAGCUGUGCUCAAAGAAUAGAGCGAAGAGUCCAAUGAGUAGCAGUGAUGUUCUGAACAGGCACAUGUCCUUUAGUCUCGACUCUGAAGGGCAAUCUGAUUUAUUGUCGGACACAGAGUUUAAUAAGUCGGUAUAUAUUACUGUGCCUGAGAUUGCACAGGCACACGUGGUCAGAAAAUCCACAGGUAUUUGUAUGGUUGACCGGAUAUUUGAACACCGGAAAACGGUCUCCAAAGCCUCGCCGACUUUCCACACUGAUAAUGUGAGGCGCAACUCGGUAUCUCUAAUGGACGAGGCACGUCAUGUCAAAACGUUGUUGGAACGGGUACUCUCAGAAUCACUAUAUGAUGGAAGCCCCGAUAGCUUACUAUACAGGCUUCCGUCGCCUGUUUUGAAUGAACGAACAAGGAGCAAGCAACUGCUGUCGAUUAUUAAUUCUUCGAAAUUCGUCGCUGAAGCGUCGUCGGCUGCAUCCCUCUAUCCCCGUCGUAAGCAUAUUUUCAACUACAUCAAGAAGCUUCUCAAGAAAUAUCAGCGCAGUCUAACCCACGAACAGGCUCCAAUCUCUUCUGCGCCACCGCUCAAGGUUUCUCUCUCAGCUCCCGACUUGCGGGUGUCCUCACUGGAUAGCAAAAGCACGGCCCGCUUUGAGCAUCCUCUUCUCGACGCUUAUGCCUCUAUGAGACAAGAGUAUGGUGUGGCUGGGAAUGGCUCACAGGGACCUGAGUCGAACACCCUUGACUCCAUACUGUCCGACUCCUUUGAAAAUGUACUUCACGCCCUUGUCGAUGAGAAAAAUAUUCUCCAUAUUCAUAAUUUUGAUUGGUCUGAAAAGAUAUCCCCUUUGGAUGUUUAUAUUGGGAGCUCCCAGAAUGCUGUCGAGUUUUCUCUUCGUCUGCUUCACGGAAACGCCCAUAAUGCCAACUCGUUUUUCGAUUUGGAUGAUCAGGAGACCCUCAACACCAUCAGAAAGUGCCCCACGCUUAGAAGCAUCAUUGCAAAGCUUAAGCGAAUGCAGUUGCAAAACGUAAUUGAUGGAUUAACUACGCUAACGGUAGGAUCGUCCUUUUAUGAAUUGGGAACGCGACUAUGGUAUCAGAUGCUUACCAGGUCUUUCUCAGAGACCCUGGGCAAUGAGAGAGACGUAGAAUACUAUCUAAAAGAUGAUAUUAAUAGUUUCCAGCCUGGGCCUCUUUUUCCCGUGGCAGAAGUGCAAAGUCAACCGCAUAUGCUUCAGCACUCUGACAUUAGUGCGCAAAGUGCUAGCUCUUCUUUAACUGAGUCAUUAGAAAGCAGUCGCGCAAGCUCCCCGUUCAAUCAAUUAACUGCUGGGUUCUCAGAACACAAAUCGUCUGCAUCGGUUCCGAUUAAGGCGCUCUCUAACCCCUUGUACUCCAACCCUCCUCUGUCCACAAAGACGCUUUCAGGGAUCAAACUGGAUAUUCAAGAAAUUUCUGAAAUUGAACAUAUCAGUAUGACCUCUGCUCCACUUGCAGAUCAUAAUCAGGUGAAGUCAAAGGCGUUUUCACAGAGACCGUCUGCACGUAGUUUACCGGGAAACGCCUUCCAGUUCUCCACUCUAGCUACAUCACAAAGCUGCGUGCUUUCUCCCACGCGGAAUACUAAGUCCACACCAAAUCAAUCGCCUCAACAGCAACAGCAACAACAACAACAACAACAACAAUUUCAUGCCAGGCCAGAGCCGAGCUCGCCGGUACUACGAGAACUGGAUGCAAAAGAAGCCUCAAUAAGUAGCGCUAUGUCUCAGAAGAGCGUUGAUCUCUCUGGUAGUAUUAAGCCUGAAAGAGAGCAAGACGUAGUUGAUGAGCAACCGGAGAAGCCCCUUGAUUCCGCAUUGAAUGACAAGUAUAUCCAGCGGAACAAGUUAUACAAUAGAACAGCUAUAGGCAAAAUACUCGCAGGAAUAGAAGGACACCAGAAGCAGACCAGUCUUAAGGAACGAGAAAGCUCGACUGAAACAGGGAAUCCAGAGAUUUUCAAGGAUAUGGGGGCUGAGCAACGCUUUUUAUAUCGGGAUAGGAUGUUUACACGCUCUUUGGAGGAUUGUAUUGUGGCGUCUCAGAUCCGCAAAGAGCUAAAGGAUGUAGGAGGUCUUACAAGCAUCUUUGAUGACUCGAUUUGCACAACUAUCGAUGACGACAAUGUCGAUGAUGAACCUCACGGAGAACAUAGUAUAGUGAGUAGGAAUAACAGCUUCUACUAUGAGCCCUACAAUGAAGAUGACCAGCAGAAUGCUUCAGAUAUCAUACUAAUGCGUAAUAAACGCCAAACUCGUACAACAGGAUCCUUAAGCAAGCUACGCACAACAAGUAUUGUUACUAAUAACAGCACAAUUACGCCAUCCAAUCAACAGCAACAGGCCCGUCCUCCUACUCUUUCUACGCUCCACUUUUCUGCAGACGAGCCUAUUAACAGCAUGCAAGAGUCGUUAGUCGGCUCUACUCCAGAGUACAGAUACUCAUACCCCCCGCCUACUAUCUUUCCAGAUAUCGGUCAUGGGACCUCACAAUAUAUGUGCUGUUGUUGCAAGUGUACACGGCCUGAGGUGGAUAUGCAAGGCUUCAAUCUGUGCCGCAUUCAACUACUAACCGCACACUAUUGUUUUCUUUACCGGUAUGGGCGCCAUAUUUCAUGGGACCCGUGUGUUCUUAGCAAACAGGAAUCCAGCUUCCCCAGGGGUCUCUUCUUGCGGAGACUUAGGACUCUCUUGAUAGGGCGCAUCAAUCUUCCACUGCAUUGGAUAAAUGCAUCAAUCCAGUACGAACUGACGCGAUGGAAUGAUUUCACUGUGAAAGGAGAAAGUAGCACUUCGACAGGGACUCCAGCGGGUAGCGAUGCUAAGCCACAGCUGCGCCCCACUUCUCCACGGAGCCCUCUAGUAAUUCCUGCACUAAAUUUGCAGUCCCUUCCGAAAGAGUCCGCAGGUAUCAAGACACCAAUCACACGCAUUCGCUUAGUUAACCAAGACGACGAUGAUACAGAUCUUCAGUCGAAAACAAUGAGUGCACACCCCAUAAUACCAAAGUUGUGCUUUCUUGGCAAUAGUACUGACCAGAGACCAGCGAAUUUAGACGACCCCAUAGCGGAAUCAAAUACCAGCUCACCGUCUACACCAUCACAUGUAGACUCACGGAAAAAGACAUCAACUAUUAAGAUAACUACAGACGUGGUUGAAGCAAAGGCUCCUUCAAGUAUUUCAGAUACGUCUUCCACUCAUAGUGCUUCCGAUAUAGCCCAAUCGGCUCCCUUGGCAAAUCUGUUAGCAAUACAAUCCACUGUUCCAUCCACAAUGCAUGUCAAUAAAGCCUCUGGCGUCACAAGUAGCAAUACAUCAAUUGGGCAGUGUAGCACAGGCAGUUCUGAUAUUUAA